CUGACAAUAUAAUUUAAUGGAGAAGGAUUCAGAAUUAUACAAGUUAUGGUUCAAAACUCCAAUGGGUGCAUUAGGUGAUGAGUUUUAUAACUGAAAGGACGGAAAAGAGAAAGACUUCCACUUUGUGUACUCGGCAGAUGACUUUAUAGGACUGUACUUUGGGGAUUAUAUGACACCGGCUAGUUUGAAGUAUACGCCUAAGUUGUGUGAUUUUUAUGGGCAGAUUAAUGGGAGGAAUCAUUCUAUGGAGAUUAUUUAUGUCUCGUAUGAUAAGAGUUAUGCUAAGUAUAAGUAAGCAUUGUGAUAUGAUGCCCUGGGUCGCAAUACCUUAUAAGGAUCCGAGGUUAGCGAAGAUAAAGCAAAUGGCGAGAUGCCAGUCUUUGCCGUGGCUUACGGUUUUGAGAAAAGAUGGCUCGAUAGCGACUUAUGAUGGCAUUUCAUUGAUCAAUAACUUUGGAAUUACUGCAUUUAAUCAGUUAAUGAAAUCUGAAGGAGGAUUCAUGAAGACUUAUGAGCCUUUAAAAGUUGCUUUUGAUUAUUUUGGAAUUUUAAAAGAUAAAUAUAAGCAAGAAUUAGAUGAUAAUGACGAAGAAAAUAAAGACAAAUGGGAUGAUCUCCCAAUCCGGUCAGGCCUCGCUCACUCUGCAAUGAAAGGAGAGUUGCCUCCUGCUUCUGAGCAUCCUUAUGACAAAGAGACUUUUGUUCUUAAAGACCCAGCAAAGAAAGCUCCUAUCAACUACGAUGAUAUGGUGAUUCCAACAGUUGCAACUCAGCAUAAAAAGGCUAUAGGAACAUAUGAGGAGCAACAGUUCGGAGGCUUAAAAGUCACAGAGGAAGAUAUCGCUAAACAACCCAACAGUUCUAAACUCCUCUAAUUCUUUUAAAUUG